AUGAAAGAAAUGAAACUAACUGAUUUGGAUAAACUUCUGGAUCACUACCGAUUGGACAAGAAUCACGGGUUUUUAACGCGAUGUGAUCCCUCAAAACUCUCUUCAUACUAUGAGUCUUGGGUAAAAAUGUGUGGUAAGUCUUUUUCAAAUGAAUAAAAAAAACAGUGGCGAAUUUGAAGACAGUUUGAAAAGCUACAAGGAUACUAAUGAGCUGAGAAACAAGAUUCGUGAUAUGGAAAGCUUAGAUACAAGUCAUUUGGAAACUUAUGAAGAUUGGCGUCUUGCCCACUUGCUGCUCAUUACCAUGACAUCAGCUUACUUAUGGCAUGGGAACUCAGAAAAGGUGUGUGAGGGAAACUUCUUUCUUCACUUUUUCCUGUUCAUAGUCAUUUUAUACAUUUUAGGUACCCUCAGUACUUCCGUUGAGCCUUUCCAAGCCUUUGAUGGAAGUAUCUGAACACCUUGGAAUCAAGCCGGUAGUUUCCCACUGUAGUACUUGUCUAGCAAACUGGCUCGAAAUUGAUCCUGAUAAAGAUUUUGAUCCUGAUAACUUGGAAACGAUAGCUUUCAAGUUUUUCGGAAACACAGAUGAACAAUGGUUUUUCACUGUUACGGCAAAAGUUAUUAUCUUUAUUUUUUUCCAUCAACUCAAUGAUUUCAGAUUGAAAAAGAUUUUGCGCCAGCCAUUGUAGAAAUCGCCAAAUGCACUGCGAAAGCCGAAAAGAUUGAUUUGGACGAAGAAUCUUUGACGGAUUGUUUGAUUGCCAUAUCUGAGAGUCUCAUUAAGGCGAAAAAGACAAUCAAGGUUAAAUCAUUUUGAAAUUUCGUUUCCAGCUUUAGGAGUUGCAGAGAAUGCCGGAGAAGUUGAAACCUUCAUUUUUCUAUCAAGAUUUCAGAAGAUUUUUGUGGGGAUAUAACAAAUCAAAUUUAGAAAGCGAAGGGUUUUAUUUCGAAGGUGAAGAAACAUUUUUCUGAGGUAUUCCUCGUAAAUUUCAGGCUACGAAGAAAUGGGACCCCAACUUCACGAUGGAGCCAGUGCAGCACAAAGCUCGACUUUGCAACUGAUUGACGCAUUUCUUGGGAUUGAGCAUCAGGGUUGAGUUUUUUUCUUCCACGAGGUCUUUAUGAAAACAAUUGUGAUUUAAUGACCUCAGAGUUGGAACGUGGGUCAUCGAUUUGAAACAAAAUUAUUUCUUUCGGAGCGUUUGAAAACAACUUCCAAAACGUUUCAGAAAAGCAAAAAAUCUUUUUGGACGAACAACUGAACUACAUGCCACGAGAGCAUCGAGAAUUCAUCCAGUAUGUUCGUAAGGUUCAAGCAGGGAGAAUAUCGAAAGGAGAAUUGGUCUACGCUUCUCGAAAUAACGCCGUUUCCGCUCUGCGUUCUUUCCGAUCUGAACAUCUCAUAACUGUGACUCAAGUUUUUUUUUCAUUCUCAUUAUCAUGUUUCAGGUAGCCCGUUUCAUUAUUUCUCAAUCGACUACCGACCCCUCGGCUGCCGUUGGGACCGGAGGAACACUACUGAUGAACUUUUUGAAGAGCGUUAGAGAUGGUGCGCACUGAGAAUCCUCUAGAAAUUACAAAUAAAGAACAAAUUUUGGAAGACCUCAUGGGUCCUCUCAAACUUGAAACACGCAAAAAACAAAAACAACGCAAUAAGAAAGCUCAAAAACUUUCCGUUUUUUGAAACCCACAAUGUCCUGCAUUAUUUAUCGCUUGCCGUGGUGAUUUAUUCAACUUGAUGUGAGAAAAACCAUUACUUUCGAAUCAAUCAAAUGAAGUAAAUUGAAAAUAAUUGGCUGCAAAACUAAAAGCUUUUUCAAAUAACCCCCAUAAGAAGUAGAUAUUUCGUCUAUCUGAGAGUGGUGGAGCAGAUUUAUAGCAAGUUCCAAACUUUUGGCAGGAAUGGUUUGCCAUGUAAGAAACACAUACAGUAGAAAUUCGUUUGGAGACCACGAAUUGUCAGAAGAAAACAAUAAUUUGGCGAGUGAACUAUAUCUGAGCGCCUUCGUUCCUUUUUUUUUGGAAGAGUAUUAUAUUUCAUUUUUUUAAAUUUUUGAAUGGAUUAUUGCGGUAGUGAUUGAAAAAGCUUUAUAUUUAUAGUACUUUGAUGAACAAAUUUACAAAUUGGGAGGUUCUUUUGAUCUUCCGCUUGAAAAUCGCAUUUCUUUAUAAGGAUUUAUCGCAAAAAGACAAAAAAUUUCAAAAACUGAUCUUUUAGCAGCUGGUUUUUCAACGUUUCUUCAUCUAUAAAUCAAGUUUUUUUUUCCUGAUUUAUUGACAGAAAACUGCGGUUUUUUGAUCCGACGUUAUGAUGGCGCACAUUAUACUCCUUCCUUCGUCUCUCCCCCAACACUCGCAUUUAUCGAUUUUUUCGGUGGACGCGAGGUCUUCCUUUUUCGCAAGAUGUCAUAUGUUUUUUCGGAGAUGUAUUUAUUCUCUUUCUUUCAAACUCUUCUUCUAAAAUCCGAAGUACAUGUUUUCUACUCCUACUUUUCGUCUCGGAGUGACGAAUGGUAUCAUCAGAAACCAUUUACUAUCUGAAUUGGAAUAAAGAUAUAUUAAAUAUUUUUAUUUUUUUAAGGGAUCAAUCAAUUUUAAAAAAAUCGUAUUACUUCUACGCAUCCUUUUGCAAAAAUCUCAAAAAUUAUAGCCAAACAGUAAAAGUUCAGUAUUUCCUUUGAAAAAAAAAGGAAAAAAAAGAAUUCGGUUUCAAGCUCAGAUUGAUCAAAACAGCAAAAUCAGUUUCUCUUUUCUUACACUGCGUCUCUGACUUCAGCUGAUGUUUUUUUCUAACCUAAUGAAAUGUUUUUUUGAAAUAUGAAUCAUUUUCAGUUGGUAAAUUUAUAUAAAAAAAGUAUGCGGGCAGUAUAAAUUUCAUAAAAAAAAUGAUAUGGAUAACUCAUAUAAGUAGAUUUUUUUCGAAAUUGAGAAAAAAAGCAUAGGGGGAAAAAUGACUCAUAGGAUCACACUUUCGAAAAAUUUGAAUUUUUCAAUAGUAGACCGAACGUUAUUAAAAAAAACUCCCUACGUCUUCUAAAGUUUAGAGCAGGAAUUUUCAAGAGCAUGACACCAGGCGUUCAGUUCACGUUUUUUUCUCAAGGAGUUUUGCUCCCUUUUCUGUUCUUUGUUUAAAAUACUCAUCACUCACGGUCUCCUCAAAAAAAACUCACAAACGUUGAACUCAAAGAUAUGUGUUUUUUCUCUCAUCACUGCCCCUCGUCCUCGUGAUAAGCGUUCGGCCCGUUUCUUCUCAAAUCGCUGGCUUGAUUGAAAUUCGUUUUUAUCGACUUGAUACUGUCAGGUGCUGGAUUCCAAAUUGCUACACCGCGCUAGAAAGCACGACGGCUCACCGGAGGCGGACGCCCCCUGCGCGAAACGAGCCAAGUAUGUUUUAAAGUUCUUUUUUUUUGAAGUCUGAGCAAGUUCCGUAUUUCAGAAACCUAAUCUAGUUGAUCAAAUAACAUUUCAACCAGCUUCUAAAUCCCUUUAAAUUUUUAUUUAAUUAAACCGGCCAAGUACGCUCAAACCAAACAUUCGUUUAUCAAAAAAAGAAAAUUUUCAGGUAAGAAAAGGUCUAUUUUUUAAGGGUAAGUUUCUCAAAAAAAUUGAGAAAUAUCUACAGUACUGGCCAUAAAGGUAUUUCAAAGUGGUUAUUCGAGCAUAACUUCUCUGAAAAUGACUCAAAUGACUUGAAACUUCGCACAGAUUUUUAAAUAGCUACGCAGUAACAUUUUUCUCAGAAAAAGAACUUACUUGCUUGAGUCAAACAGGAUUUGAAAGCAAAAAAACCAAAAAAAUCGUGAAAAUGAAGAUUUUUUUCUCUAGAGAUUCGAAAAAAAUCAUAUCUUCAAAGAAACUUCGAUUUUUCAAUUAGAAACUUUUUUUCCCCAGUAAAACAAAUCUUCGACUUUCUAAAAAACCUAAUCAGCCCCCUAUCAACCCGAUAGCAAGAGCGUAGUGACUUUUUCUUCGAAAGGCCUUUGCGUUUUGACGCCUCGUCAUUCAAAUGGACUAUACGAGGUCAUUUUUGUUUGAGAACACCCUGUAUCAUGUUGAAAAAAACUUCAAAACCUCCUCAAGAAUAGUUUCACACUGUUUUUCCUCAGCUUUCUCACUUUACCCGCUCUUCAGAACUCACUAACUUCUCUGGGACCGAUUUUUGAACCUCUGAUUCGAACAGUUUUUUUCUGGACUUUCGGGCAUUCAAAGGAGUUUUUUUAUCUGAUCAGUCGCUUUUUCAAUCGUGAAAUCGAAAAUAAAUAAUGAAUAAAUUGCAGGCUCCUGCUUUCUAAAGACUGCUAAUUUUUUUGCUGAAGCAUUAGUUUCACAAGACCAAAAAAACUUAUUUUUCCAUAAGAUUUAAAGAAACAUUUUUACAGUGCCUAUUUUUCUAUCUGAGAGCUAGGAAGAGGAGUUACAAAUUUAUCUCAUGAUCUAAAACAUUUAAAAAUAUGAAAAAAAGGGGUUUUUAUCAUCUUUCACGAGAUUUGGAGCCUUCUAAGCAACACUUGCUUAAACGGAGUUUUGAGAACUUGGAGGAACUCAUUAUAACUCACUAUAUCUUUUUGAAUAAGUAAGCGAAACACAGUGAGUCUCCUUUUUAUUUUUCAUUCAUUAAGGUUUUUGGAAAAGCUUUGGAAUCUGAAAUGAGAAAUCGAGAGUGUUCUGAUUUUUGAAAAAAACGAGCAUAACCGCUUCAAAUCAGAGGUUCAAAAUCGGUCCCAGAGAAGUUAGUGAGUUCUGAAGAGCGGGUAAAGUGAGAAAGCUGAGGAAAAACAGUGUGAAACUAUUCUUGAGGAGGUUUUGAAGUUUUUUUCAACAUGAUACAGGGUGUUCUCAAACAAAAAAAUGACCUCGUAUAGUCCAUUUUGAAUGACGAGGCUUCAAAACGCAAAGGCCUUUCGGAGAAAAAAAGUCACUACGCUCAUGCUACCGGGUUGAUAGGGGGCUGAUGAGGUUUUUCGGAAAGUCGAAGACUUGUUUUACUGGGGAAAAAAGUUUCUAAUUGAAAAUCGAAGUUUCUUUGAAGAUAUGAUUUUUCGAAUCUCUAAAGUAAAAUCUUCAUUUUCACGAUUUUCGGUUUUUUGCUCUCAAAUCCUGUUUGACUUGAACAAAUGAGUUCUCCUUUUGAGAAAUAGUUACUGCGUAGCUAUUUAAAAUCUGUGCGAAGUUUCAAGUCAUUUGAGUCAGUUUCAGAGAAGUUAUGCUCGAAUAACCACUUUGAAAUACCUUUAUGGCCAGUACUGUAUUUGAGAGAAGAAUGAUGUGCAAUGAGAAGGAAAAAAAUUAUCGUUCGAUGCCUUUUUUUCUACUAAAUAAUAUUUUUUUCAUUUCAGUAUAUUUAAUAACCAAAUAGAUCAAGAUUUGAAAUCAAAAAUAGACAAUUAUUUAUUUUUCCAGAAAUAAAAAUCAAAAAAAGUAUUUUUGAUACCUUCUAUGAAAAAAAUGGAAAAAAUCUUAAUUUCGUUUUGCUUUUUUCAGCUUUUUUUGAUAAAAUCAGAAUCAUUGCAAAAAAAAGUGGGAUUGUAAUAUUUUUUUGACGAUCAAUUUCUAGCUCCUGUUAAAAAAAGAAUCAUUUUUUUGAAAAUAUUUCAAUAAUGGCGUGGAUUUUCGCGCCAAGUACGCAGACUGCGGACUUCACGUAGAACGGUCGGAAAAAAACAAACGAAGGUCACACUUGCGCCGUUCUCUCUCUUUCGAUCGGCGUGUGUGUUUGCUGUUGGAUACGUUUUCCUUUUUUCACUUUCACAUAUUAAUGUUACACCACGCCAACUAGAAACUUCUUAUUGAAAAACUUUUUCAAGCAUCAUAAUGCUAUAACUCCGGGUUAUUCUUCUUGCUUUUCGUGCACUCAGAGCAAUGAUUGCCAAAAAUUCCUGAUAUCGCAGAAAUUCUCGACCUUACUCUGUCAUUUGAUUCCACCAGUUCGCCAACUUUCAGCUAAGUAUGAGAUAUAAGUUUUAAAAGACGUUUUGGAACUGAAAAUUGUCCUAACGUAACUUUAAAUCAUAAUUUGGAAUGGAAGUGUUUCGUUUCAGGUAAAUUGUUUUUCAGAAUGGUGGGAUUGGCUGGUCGACGUGCGGGUGUCCAGGAAGCCGGGCCAAGUCGUUUGACAGUAGGCGAACGGAUUCAACAAUCGAUGGUAUGUUUGAACUCGCGGCGGAAUAUCAGGCAGAUUAUAGCAGUUCAUGGGCGAAAAAGAUGAUGAUGAUGAACCCAAAGAAAAACCGAAUCUUACGCCGAAAACUGAGUGCAUGGUGCGAGUCAUCGCACAGUUCCUUUCAGACUCUGGCUUGCAGUAAGUUCUUGAUCUUCAAUCUCCGAUAAUCUGAUAUUUCAAUCUCAGAGAAUCUGCGCAAGCACUUGUCAAAGAAACGCAGACAAAGAUUGAGAGCAUUUAUGGGAUGGAAAUGCGAAAAAGCAUCUGUCAAGGUGAACAUCAAACUUUUCUCUUCUUACGAUUAUUCGCAACAUUCGUGACAAAAAGUUUUUUGAGGUGAUUGGGCUGAAGCAUUGUACGUUUUGGACGAGGCUGGUCGUCUAUUGACAUCUGCUGAGCAGAAUGCUACACGUUUGAUUCUUCUAGAAGAAAAAUUUUAUCAACAUGUUCGAAAUGGAGAGGUGAAAUAUUUGUAACAGAGAUCGAGAACAAAAAGAAUUUCAGAGUUUCGAGGCUCUAGAACUUAUGAAACACGAAUAUCCGCAAGGAAAAGAUUUUGAAAUAAAACGAAAUCAAAUUUUGAAGCAUUUGUACGUUUCGCCUCGCAAAAUCCACAAAUACCCUGAUGCUGCUCGAUGCACGUAAGACUCUGAAGUUGACAUCCAAGAUAAUAUCAAUAAACAGGUCGAGAACCGAAAGAAAAAAAAUUGCGGAAACUAUUCAACGAAUUCUGCCACACAGUUUCAUGCUUCCAGCCAAUAGGCUAAAGACUCUUGUAGACCAAGGUACGCUCCAUGAAUUUUUCUUUUUCAAUUUUGAAAUUUCAAUCAGUUGAUUUUUCAGUUUUUUGAUGUUUUUCAGCGAAAAAGUACCAACUUGACCAGUGCAAACUACACAUGAAAGAACAACUGUUAACUGAUGAUACGGGCGUCUUGGAAGAUCACAGAUGCUUUGUCAAUAAUCACAAAUCUUACAGUUUAAUACAGGUUUUUUUCAUUUCACAUUUCAACUGUUCUGAAAAAAACUUUCAGACUAUUCGCGACGAUGAAAACGAAGUUUGGAUCGUCAAGUUUUCACCAGAUGGACUUUUGAUGGCUAGUGGAUCGAAACACAACAAUGUCAUCAUUUGGAAGGUGAAAAAAUCAAUUUCCGAUUUCGAUAAAUUUUUUUUCUAGGUGCGAGAAUCGAAAACGAUUAAAAAAGUUCGAUUGUUGGAAACGAUGAUGUCAAAAGGCCAUAUCAACAAUAUGGUCUGGAGUUACGAUAGUACGUUGUUGGCAAUUUGCGGGUCGGAACAAAGCGAAUUCAACGUAUGUGUACUCAUUUCGCACUUGGGCUCAACGAAAUAGCUUUCAGCUUCUUGUAUACAAUAUUGUAUACGGAACUACUCAUUGCAUCGUGAAAUGCUUGUCUCACGGGGAGCGUGGAAUUUCUAUCACAUCCAGCACAGUCUACUCCUGCUGCUCGUUUUUCGCCGGAACAAAUCGACUUCUUAUUGCUGGAACCGAAAGAGGUCUAUUGAGAGUCUAUGUAAGUUUGAAAAAAUAGAAAAAAAAACCUUUCAAUACCAAUUUAAACAAGGAUUCGCAAAGAAGUAGUUUGGAGCUUGAUGAAUUUUCAUCUAGAUAUACAAGAGUUUCAGUCAACCCGAUUUAAAUAUAAAAUGUCUUUCAUGAUGUACGGCUCGACUUUCAUUCACCGCUCGUUUUAGUUAACUUUCAAAAAGCUCCAAUACAGGAAAAAGGUUCUGUGGAAAAAAAUCUCUUUAAAAAUUUUUUACACAAGUAUCCAACAACUUCAUCCAAAAAUUUUGUAGGAUAUGGACGGCUCGGAAAGCGCACAACUUGUUAAGCAAGUAAACGGAUUCCGUGUGCGGUGCAUUUAUGGGUUCAAGGACGGAAAACGUUUUUUGGCUUCUGACAGUCAUAACAGGUUUUUCGAAGAUCUCUUCCCCGAUACCGUCAUAGCCAGGAUUCGCAUGUACUCAAUGAAUGAGAAUGACGGAGAAACGAUUUUUGUCGAGGAAGCUCCAAUAUUAACAUUUGAAGUGCAUCCAACGGAAAGGUAAUAAUUCCUUAAAAAGGUGGAAAAAUUCCUGUGGUUGUUCCAGAUUAAUUCUCACAACAACGACGUUGAACUUGCGUUUAUAUGAUAUGAAAACAAAGACUUUGGUGCGCUACUUCUCGGGAGCCUGCCAAUACGACAACAACUCCGCGCUGAUUGUCCAUGCGUCAUUUGGCGGGGCUAACAAAGGAUUUAUUGCAACGGGCUCUGUUAGGACCUGGUCUUCUUUUGAAAAACACAACGGGAAACCGAAUCGAAGCCGCAAGAAUGUCCAGAAAGACGGCCGUGUCUGCAUUUGGGACUUUGACGACAGCCGACCUACGUUGCGGCUCAAAGGCCACACUGGCGUCGUGAACGCAGUUUCGUGGCACCCAACCAAUCCGAGGUCCCUAUUCCAAUAAAAAAAAACUCUGCAUUUUCAAGUUUGUUAUAAAGCACAAUGAGAGUUUGAUGGUUUUUAAUUGAGCAUCAAUUUUUCACUAAAACUUUUUGUCUAUUUCUAAAAUUUAUUAAAAUUUGUUUGGAUAAGUUGGUUACUCCAAAAAGUCACAAAGUUAUCUUUUUUUACACAUUUAAAAAAACUUAUUCUCAAAAUGAUUUUUCAAACAAAUGCGUUUGCAAACUUGCUUUUUAGAACGAAUCGCAAAAAAACUCAGAAGACGUCUUGUCAAUUUUUUUCUAUUAAAUUUUACCACUUUUUAUCUCACAAAAAGGCACCGAGUCAGUUUCGUACAUCGAAACUGCAAAAAGAUUAAGAUCUUUUUAAAUUAAAGUGAAAUGUGAGGACUUUUUAUUGGUUUUUUUCCAAAUUCGACGAAACUUAUCCUCUCAUUUGCGGCCUCCAAUCGUUUAUCAAUAAUAAAAUUAUUGUUCAAUAUUCAGCAGCGAAAUCAAAAUUUUUUGAAAACUCAAUAGACACAAAAAAUUGUGUUUCAGAAUGUUGGCUAGCUGCUCCGAAGAUGGCACAAUUCGCAUUUGGCAGCUGCAUCCAUCCGUUACUAGUCGAAUGACAAAUAUUUUGCCCAAACAAAUGAAAAAAAAGACGGAGGUAAAAAUAGAAGUCGUCGACGAUGACGAGGACUUGGAGCAAAUGGAGGAAGACGACAGAAGACCUGUCGUUCACAACUAUACGUCCAUGACCAAUGGCAACUCGAAUCCCAGAAAAGAAAAGACCCAUACUCCGGAAAGAGAGUCUGAAGCUUCUGGAGACAGCGACAUAGACAGCGAAGAAGAGGAAAUAGACGAUGGGUCGGACGAUUCAGAAGUGGAAGACGACCAAGAGUCAGAUGAAGAAUCGGAUGAAGAAGACUCGGAGCUGGAACUAGAAGAAGAAGACGACGAAGUUGAUUUUUUGAACCGAAGACGUUUCGCGCCGGAAGAACCUGCCGUAGAAGUUGUCUUUGAAGGCCUUCUCCGCCACGAUCCUCGAAAUCUUGAGUCCAGAAGGGAUUCAGAAUCGGACGAUUUCUGGGCUUCGAACCGUGUUCCAGGUGUUAGGGCGGGAGACCAUUAUUUAAUGCCCGACCGAUGGUCUCCGCGAGCAAGGUGGGAUUUUCAGAUAAAGUAUGGUUAUUCGAUUUCUGAAGGACAAAAAAUUAAAUGUCAUUUUUUUGAACAUGGAUCUAGUCUGAAAUUUUUAAAAUCAAAAUCUGGUGAAUCAAAGUUGCUUUGCAAAAUAUUCUUAUAUUUCAGGUUCAAUUCUUCAGAUUGUGUCCAUUUGGUAGGCCAAAAGAAAUGUUUUUGAAAUAACUUAAAAACGUUCGCAAAUGUUUUCAGACUUUUCUGUGGUUGAAAACUGCUGCAGAAAAUGGUGGCCGUUGCUCGAUGAACAACUAAAUGUUUUCAGACCGGCUCCACGAAGAGAGGAAGAGACGAGAAUGGAAACGGAAAACAACAAAUCGCCAGAGCAAGGUCCUCGCCGGAUGACGCCUGAUUUGACCAAUGGGAUGAGAAUUAACGUUCGUCAAAGAACUCCACAGAUACCUCGGCAAGUAAUUUUCUUUUUCAUAGUUGUUCUAUCUUUUGAUUAUUUUUCCGUACUCUUAUUGAUAAAGUUUAGUGGGCUCUCUGAAAGCUUCCCUGCGACACCACCGAUCAACACAACGGCUCAUCGAGAAAACGCGGUACGGUGGGGGUAGGUGAUCUGAGAUCAGCUUUCAAACUCAAUAACUAAAACUCAACACAGAAAAAACAUAAUUCCAGUCUGCACCAGUUUUUAGCUUUUCGUUUGAAAUCUCUCGAAGCGCUAAAGCCACCGGAAACUGAAACUUGGAAUUACAAAAACUAAGAACUGUUCAGGUCAUAACAAUUGUUCUCUGGGUGAUUUAGAGUUUUGGCGGUGUUUGAAUGCUAACUCAAACGCAAAAAAAAAAAUCUAUUUUUAUAAGCAGCCUGACUUCAAAACUUCGAAGCUUCAGAAAAUAAUCGUCUCAAAAGUGCGUAUAUCGGCUUAUAUUGAAAAAAACGUCGUGUUGUGUAAUUCUGCUUUUUUUGCGUCUGAUUGUGUUCCUCAUUUAUAUUUAAGUUUUGAAAUUCAAUAAAUAUAAUAAAUAUCCUUUCUUAUUGGAGGUAGAAAUUUCUGGCAGGUUGUUUUUUUGAGGAACCUUCAAGCUAACCAAAACCGAUAUGAACAACUUUGCGGCCAUGGAAAAUAAGAAGACUUUUUAUUAUUGAUAUAAUUUUUUUCGUUCAAACGACAUUUUUCCAUAAUGUUUUUACUUUUGAAGAACUAUCAGAAAAAAAGAAGGAAGCUCGUGUUUGAUUUCGAGUUCUCGGCCAAAGGCCGCGUUGCGUACAAAACAUGUCACCUUUGACAAGCCACCCACCUGCCUCUAGAACCUGAGAAAAUUGACUAUAAAACUGUAAAUUUUUUUUCAGACCAGUUCCUCCGGAUCGUCCUCCUCUGAAUCUUCCCGAACCUCCGGUUUACAUUCCACAGCCGGUAUUGACAGAACGCCAACGCCGUCUUCGGGAGCUCGAUAGGCUUGGCUUCCAAAACACAAUCGCCUACCGUCUUCUGGCCCAAGAAGAAGCGAUUGGCGCUCCGCCAGGGCCCAUGCCUUUCCCGUUUAAUUACCCUCCAGUGUAA